GCUUCUCCACUUCCGAAGGUUUCACAAGUAACCUUAUCCUUGUUUAUUGUAAAAUGUAGCAUCCUCCGUUGAAAUCCAUUCCAGUUUUCAUUUUCGGGUUUUUUUUCCUUCAAAAGUCGCCCUUUUUUUCUCAACCCGAUUUAUGUCUCGUCCGGUGGGGGAAAACGUAUCAGCGUUUCCGAUGAGCCUCCUUUUCGGUGAAACCUCGAAAGGGUUCGAGCCAAAUGGGGCUCCGUAGUUUUUGACGUCGAAGACCCCCAUAAUUCCGCGGAGCCUUCUCGACCUUUACCCCGAUCCUGGGGACCGACCCUGGGGAUAUGUCGAGUCAAAUGGACAACGAGAGAAAGUUCCGCGAGGACUUAGAAAAAGCGCAAGCACUCAGCCUGGAGAGCCUUGCGCUCGAGAAGUUCCGCCUUGAAAAACUACGUUCUCAACAAAAUACAACGGCGAACCAACAGAGCAAAGAUGGAAAUAGACAAAAAACAUCACUUGCUCCUCAAAGAAGUAGCAGUGUUACUCGAAUGCAUGGAAACACCAGUUAUCUGGAAACGAUUUCUAGGCCUAGACCGGGCUCAUUUAACACAAAAGAACACUGUUUACCAAGGAUCCGUCCUCCUCCUCAAAAUCUCAGAAGGAAUAGUGUAACAAACGGCGGAGGUCCUUCGGCAGAUUUGAUUUCGUUCAAUAGUCCCUCCGCAAGUAAACAUCAACAGGAUGAUGUUACUCAAUUCGUUUUCAGGGAUACGAGUGAUGGUAAUGAAGAUAAAAACCUUUCACAAGUUGUUGAGUCAUUAAAGUCAUUAAACUCUUUGUUCACUGCUUAUGCUACUAAUCCUGCAAGCAAUAAUAAUUUAACGCAAUCGACAUGUUACAAUUCUUCAUAUAUUAUGAACAACUACUCUUUGAACAAGAGUGACCAGACGAGAUUGCCAGCAAAUAGUUUGCCUUCUACGACAUCAGAAACGGAUUCUUCUUUAAAAGUGCUAAAAGUCUUAGGAAAGAGAGAUAAUAGUAAUUUAAUAGAUUUAACUGCAUUUGAUUUUGAGCAUAGGAAUGAUAAAAAUUUAGGCGCGAGUUUAUUAGAAACUUUUGAUCCGCUACACUCACUUCCAGCUGAAAGAUCUAAAUCUUCUGAAAAGGAAUCAGAUGAAGAACAACUCGACCGUAGUAUUUAUGACCCAUACGAUCCGUUUGAUUUUCUUUACUCUGCACCAUCAGUUGAUUCCCAAGGGUCUGAGCCAAUUUAUAGCACAAUAACAAAAUGUCCAAACACUCCUACGACUGGGCCACCUUUACCACCGAGAAAUAAAGUACCUGUUUAUGCAACAUCUUCUAAAGUUCAAAUGAGACGACAAAGUAGAUUAUAUGAAAAUGUUGUUCGUAAUCGUCGAUCAGCAUUAGUGGACCCAGAUUUACUCGCCUUCCAUACUCUUGUUAAGGAACUGAGGGGUAAAUUCAAAUACACAGAUUCAAGCACAAAUUUAGGAUUGGUUAUAAGCCCGUCAAUAGAGCACAACUAUAAUUCUGGCACCAGUGUAAAAUUAGUGAUUCAUUGUCCUACAUUAGAAAAUAACAGUAAUGUGACAUUUACAUGUGAUGUGAGUUCUACGGUAGAACAUGUUCUCGGCCAUGUUGCCUGUGAAAUUGGUCAUGAUUCAAUAUCUGACCAUAUUUUGAAGGUGUAUGGUCAAGAAGAAUAUCUAGAAAUUCAAUCAUCAUUGUGUGAUUAUGAAUAUGUCCAUCAAUGCAUAAAACUUGAUAAAGAUAUCGAACUUACCUACCUUGACGUCAGUACUUUACAUAGACCUUUCUUAAGAACAGCAGAAGAUGAUAUAAGGGAUUGUCAGAUCACACUGGAUGAUUUAAUUCCUAAGGAGCCUGUUCAGCCUAUAUCACACGAAUCACUCCUAAUCCUUCUUGAAACAUUAGAAAAGGAGAUAGAAAGGGUAGUGACAACAUGUAAAGAAAUGUACAAUAGUAGUUCAAAUGAAACAGUUGCGAAUUUACAAACUGAAAGUGUUAAACAGGCAGUGAAAGCCGUCUGUGCACUUUUAGGAAAUAUAGAAACACUGCAAAUAACGCACGCAGUAGAUAAUUUUGUUAAUGUGUGCCGAGAGUUUCCGAAAAACAGGGUGAAUGCUCGUAAUAAGUCAGAAAUUAUAAGCGAAUCUGGAGAUUAUUCUGUGAUAAGACUUGGUAGUGAUGACUCUGUAACUUCCAAUAUAAAUUAUUGCUGUGAUCAAAUUCGGACUGCUGUUCAGGGUCUAAUCCAAAUGUACAGUCAUAUAUUUCGAGUAGAUUUUCAUUUAUCCACCCCUUCUCAAGUGGUUGAAACUCAGAAGUAUUCAUCAGAAAUUGUCGAUUCUGUACUGAUAUAUAUUGGAUGCGUUCAUCAUCUACUUUCAAAGUGGCAGUACAACGAGUACAGAGUCGAAGCACAAAUUUUUCAUGGCACACGACCUAUAAGUCAAAGGAUUUCUUCAACAAAUGCUUUAGCUUCUUCUGGUUUUCAGCCGAGGAUUGUUUUUGACUGCUGGCUUAAUUUUGAAACAACUAGCGUAAGCGUUCUACCUAGGGAAUCUCGGAUAGUAAUCACAGCAUACGGAAUUCUGUUUGGAGAGGAUCAGGGACAGUCUUCAUCCCCAGUUCAGGAAGAAUUGGGCUGGGGAGCAAUACAGCUUUUCGAUUACAACGGGUACAUUGUUAAAGGGAACUUUUUACUUUCCCUUUGGCCUGGUGGAGAUAACUCAAAAAAAGUAGGACCAGCUCCUUGUCCUGGAACUCAUCCUAAUGGAGAUGUUGCCCCGAUUAUUGGUAUCGAGCUUCCUGAUUAUGGCGGUCAGAUCAAGUUUCCCCAAAUCGAAAAGGUCAACAACAACAAGCAAACUUUUCAAGAUUUCAAUUCGCUCGAUAUUAACACUCAACAACAGUUACUUGACAUCAUCCAUCAGGAUAGUUUCACUAGGCCACAAAUUGAACUCCGUGAAGUCCUGUGGGAAAAGCGACAUUAUCUUUUGGAACAUCCUCAGGCACUGCCGAAAGUUCUUCUUGCGGCGCAAAGCUGGGAUUACACUUCUCUUCCUGAAUUACAUUCAAUCCUGGAAGCUUGGACUCCUAUGGAUCCUGUUAGUGCAUUGCAACUUCUACUUCCAAUGUUUCCUGAUGAAGUUGUAAGAACAUUCGCUGUGAACUGGAUCAGAAAAUUAACAAACGAUCAAAUGGUCGACUAUUUUCCUCAAAUAGUUCAAGCAUUGAAAUAUGAGAACUAUGAAGCUUCGGAACUCUCCAAAUUUCUUCUAGAAAGAUCUUUGAGCUCUCCUAGGGUGGCGCAUCAUUUGUACUGGCUAUUGGUCCAUGAACUUCCAGGUGAAACACCUCAGAACACGUGUGAUCCAGUUGCACAAGAUGAAUCACGGAUUUCUGAUGCACGAUAUUAUCGCAGGCUUCAACUUAUUUUAAGAGCUUUAAUUGCCAUAUCGGGCGAAUCCCUCCGUAAAACAUUUAUGAGUCAACAACUGCUUGUCAAGGGCUUGGCAGAAGUUGCAGACAAUGUUAAAACAUGCAAGGAAUCAACGAGGCUUAACGUUCUAAUGCAAGGAUUGCACAAUGUUUCAUCGACUCUCUCGUCGUCACCGACAUGUCUACCGCUGAACCCGGCAUUAUAUGUAAACGGAAUUCAAGUGAAGUCUUCUUCAUACUUUCCUUCAAACACACUUCCUUUAAAGAUAAAUUUUACAAAUGAAGAAUCCGAUAUAAUGCCGGCGAUAUUCAAAGUUGGUGACGAUCUGCAACAAGACAUGCUGACUCUUCAAAUGAUCUGUAUUAUGGAUAAGCUUUGGCUGAAGGAGGGAGUCGAUCUGAAAAUGGUUACGUUUCAAUGUGUUCCGACUGGUCACAAGAAAGGGAUGAUUGAAUUAGUUUCUGAAGCGGAAACUUUAAGGAAAAUUCAAGUUGAAUUCGGGCUGACUGGAUCAUUUAAAGAUCGCCCAAUCGCUGAAUGGUUGGCAAAACAUAAUCCUUCUGCUUUGGAUUAUGAGCGUGCAGUUAAUAAUUUUACCGCUUCAUGUGCCGGUUAUUGCGUGGCUACUUAUGUUCUGGGCAUAUGCGAUCGUCACAAUGACAACAUAAUGCUCAAAACAUCGGGCCACCUUUUCCACAUCGAUUUUGGAAAAUUUCUCGGAGAUGCGCAAAUGUUUGGCAAUUUUAAGAGGGAUCGAACUCCUUUUGUGUUAACUUCAGAUAUGGCUUAUGUGAUUAAUGGAGGGGAUAAACCAACAGCAAGGUUUCACCACUUUGUGGAUUUAUGCUGUCAAGCUUUUAACAUAGUUAGGAAAGAGUCCAAUAUCAUCUUGAAUUUAUUUCUUCUGAUGGCAGCUUCUGGAGCGGGAGGACUUACAAUUGAAUCUGUAGAAUAUGUUCAAAACGCUCUCCUUCCUCAUCUCACCGAUGCAGAAGCAGCGGCUUCAUUUGCAAGGAUGAUUCAAAGCUCUCUUAAGUCAUGGUUUACCCAAUUUAACUUUUUCCUUCACAAUCUGUCACAAUUACGAUUCACCGGUGACCACAAUGAUGGCGGAUUGCUCAGUUUUGUUCCGAAGGUUUAUAACAUGCAACAAGAAGGAAGAAUUAAGAAUGUGGAAGUGUUCAAAUUUCAAAAGAGAUAUGACCCUGAGAAGUAUUACGUUUAUAUUCUAAGAGUUGACAGGGAGAACCAGCAAGUGCCAUCUUACCUCUUCAGAUCCUUCAAAGAAUUCUGUGAAUUCCAUCACAAAUUGUUUAUCUUGUUUCCACUCGCGACUCCUAGAGUUUCAAGCCUUCAGGGUUCAAGUUUGCAUGUUGGAAGGUCAAAUAUAAAACAAGUCGCUGCCAAAAGAAUGGUAGAAAUAAAGAAGUUCCUUAACACCCUUUUCAAAAUGGCCGAUGAAAUUUGCCAUUCAGAUUUAGUUUAUACUUUUUUCCAUCCUUUGUUACGGGAUCAACAAGAAUCUUCCAUCCACGAACACAAAGUCAAAGAUCGCAAAAAAGAUAGAUUGACAAAUAACAUGCCUGGAAGGAUUACUGGACAAAUUAAGUUAUCUAUGCACUACCAACGUGAUACUCUAUGGGUAAUGGUUCAUCAUGUACAAGAGCUUUCCUGUCUUAUUAAUGGGCAAGAACCUUCAACCUAUGUCAAGGUGUAUUUAAAACCUGAUCACUCAAAAGCGACUAAACGGAAAACGAAAAUUAUCAGAAGGAACUGUCAUCCAUCAUUCAUGGAAAUGCUCGAGUACCGCAUGCCUCUAGAAAUUGUGAAACAUAGAUAUUUGCAAGCCACCGUCUGGAACCACGAUACCCUACAGGAAAACGAAUUUCUCGGAGGUGCUGAAAUCGUUUUGAGCAGUAUGGACUUGACAAAGGAAAAAGCCGUAUGGUACCCUCUUGUUCAAAUCACAAGAUGAUGGUGCAACUAAAACUAAACAAAAAAAA